UAGCACGUGCACACUGUGCUAGAAGCGUUGCUUGGCAACUGCGCCUCUACCAACUGUGUAAGGCCCUGGUUGGCAGACGUUUAAGCCCUGAGGUCCUCUGUGCAAAUGUGGAUAGUGGGGCUCGGUUUUACUAAGACCUAAUAUUGGGCUCGAGGACCAGAAAAGAUGAAAGGUUUGGAAGGGACUUGAGGCCAAAUGUCUUUUUCCAUGAAGAAGAUCUUUGGUGCUAAGGAAAAGACACCCUUGGGUUUCUGCGAUGCCCCACAAAUGACCGUCUCUGAGUUUUUCUUCGGUGACAAUCCAAACUAUCCGAAAUAUCAUACAACAUACAGACCCUUGGGGCAUAUCCACCGGGUUGCAGCGGAGGGUGAUGCAGCCCAGAUGGAGAUUCUCAUCACGCUUGGACAGUGCAGCGUGUCCGAUAGAGACCGCAAGGACAGGACAGCUUUGCAUUUUGCCUGUGUUUAUGGCCGGCUACCAGUAGUGACUGUUCUAGUGAACAAUAAUUGUGAGAUCGAUGCCUUUGACAAGAACCACAUCACACCUCUCAUAAAGUCUGUCCAGUGCUGGAAGCAGAAAUGCGCGACCCUGCUGCUGGAGCACGGUGCUGAUCCGAACGUUAUCGACAGCAGUGGCAACAGUGCCUUGCACUACGCUGUGUACAAUGGGCAUGAGGAGAUGGUGGCUCUACUGCUUCAAUACAAAGCCAAUAUUGAGCAAAAAACCAAGGAUGGCUUCACACCACUGCUGCUGGCACUCAGAGAGAAGAGGGUGGAGGUAGCAGAGCUUUUAGUAAGAAUGGGAGCCGAUGUCCAUGUUGUAGAUGAACUGCAAAGAAACACCCUGAUAUACGCUAUAAGAUGUGGGUCAAAAGGUCUGGCUGUAUCACUCCUCAAGAAAGGUAUCGAUUUCUUCUACAAGGAUGUCUUCGGAUGGACGGCCCUGCGCUACGCUAUCGAGGGCCACUGUACUUUUAGACAGACGCUUCUGGAUUUUGAGGAAAAUCUACACAGCAGAAAAGAAAACGAACCAGAACUAGAAGUUGAACCCAAUCCCUCCUGCAUUUUAGAACAAGUAGAUGCUGGCGAUGACUCAUUAGCCAGGGUCUCCAGCUGUCUUAGUCCCGUGACUCCCGUGCUCGCAUUGAAGGACGAGGAGAACAGUCGUCAUACCGGGAGUAACUCAGAGAGCGAGCCUCCUAACUGUUCUGGCAAUUCACCAGCGGCUACAGACAAAAUAUUUGGAAACAGAGGAAAAAGAACUGUGGAAGCAUGGGUUGAGAAAGAUCCCUCUUCAAAGUCUGCCACUGAAAUGAGAGACUCUGUCACAAAUGAAGCUGUAGAGAGGAUAGAGCUCUUUACAUCCACAUCAGAACCAGAGUUAGAAUUGAUGUCAAUAGAAGAAGGCAUAUCUGAUGAAAGUGAAAAUGACCAGCCUUUGAGUGAAUUGGAGCAUCUUCCACAGAUAAAAGUUGAACACUUAUCUGGUGCAGGAUAUCAAGUGGAAAAAAUUAAUAUAAACGGACAAAUGAAAGGGUCUGACGAGGAAUAUGCUCAAUUGACGACUCCUACUGACAUGAAAGACCCUGUUUCUAAAGAACCAUGGACAACAAAGAAUGCACCUACCUUCAAACCAGUAGAGGCAGAUUUAGAAGUGGCAUUAAAAGAAGAUCACAGAUUUGAUGACAAGAGAACUAUCCAGUCAUUGAGAAUCCGUGAAGAUCCUCCAAAUACAUCUGGCAACGUAUCUGUGGCAGUAGAUCCAAGGAGAGAAAGGACCAACAGACAAGCAGCAGAAUCUGCAAAGGAAUAUCCACCCUUGAUGCCUACCAAUGAAAUGAAGGAUUCUGUCCCCGAAAAAGCAGUCACGAAGAAAGGAGCAGGGAUAGCACAGCUGGAAGGACCAGCUGUAAAAUUAACGUCAGAGGAAGAACCAAACAGACAGGACGGCUUUGAAAGGAAUCCACCAUCGAAUAUUUUAAAGCAAAUCCCAACACAGGACAUAGGCUAUUUAUCAAUACCUAAAUAUCAAAGAGGAGAAAAAAUGGUGGCAUCUAAGGCAAAAGAGUUUUCUAAAGAAUGCCCUCAAUCAAAGCCCACCAUUGUAAAGGAAGAGUCUGUUUCAAAGGAGGUCUGGGAUGUGAUUCCUGUGAAAUCAUAUUUAGAAGAUACUCCUAAAGACUAUCCUCUAUCAAAGCCUACAGUUGAGAAAAGUGACUAUGUUCCAAAUGAAGUCUCUGACAUGAAGCAUGGGAAAUGGUUCCAAGAAAACUGUCCUAAGGGAUGUGCUCAACUGAAGAUUCCCAUUGAAGAGAGAGAUUCUUUCCAAAGGGAAGCACCACCAGCAAAGCAAGUAAAAUCAUACUGUGCAGAUGAGCCUGUAAAGAGUUAUAGCAGAAUUACAAGAUGCGUAAGACAAAAUGCAGAAUCAGCGGUAAAAGUGACAUCAGAGGAAGAUCAAAAACGCCUUGAUGACCAGGAGAAGAAUCAGCAAAUGCAGGCCGCCUUGAGACGACCUCAACCACAGGACAUUGAGUAUUUAUCCAUGGCUAAUGAUGAAAGUCGAGAAAAUUCUGAAGAGGGCCAAGAGGAAGAUUCCUCGGAACAACAACUCCCGUUUAAGUCCACACAGCCUACAACUGAAGAAGAUUCUUCUCCAAACAAAGUAUCAGCAACAAAGCCUGAGAAAUCCUUCCUCACAGCAGAACCAACUACAAAUGUAUCAGAAGGAGAACAAGAGCGGUGUGGCAGCAGAAACAUGCAAAGACAGGGCGUUGGCAAUCUAUUUUUGGCCGAAGAUGACGAGCGGUCCGAAAGCAGCACCCAAGAUGAGGAGGAGGACUUUCCUGAAGGAUAUGUUCAAUUGAAGCCCACACAGCCUUUGGAUAAAGAGAAAACUCCUCUCCCACGUGAAGCACCAGCAAAGAAUGAAGUAAAAACAUUUGUCUCAGAAUCAGAUGAAAGUUUGUCAUCAGAAGAAGAGCAAGAAUGGCUUGCCGAUAGUGAAGAGGAACAUCGAAAGGAAGCUCAACCAAAGGACGCUGCACAUUUAUCCUUGGCUAAAGAUGAGAGAAGAGUAAAUGCCACAAGUAGCCAAGAGAAAGGCUCUCCCGAUGAAUAUCCCGAAUUAAAGGCUUCCACCGAAAAGCAAGAUUUUGGACCAAUUGAAGACUCAACAUCGAAUCAGGAAAAGCCAUUCUCAGCAGGACCCAAAACUGUACACCGGAGGUCAGAGGAGGAGCAGACAGGAGGGUGUGGCGGUGACAAGAAGCAGAGGAAGCAGGCUAUAUUUGAGAGACUUCAACUGAAACGGAAUGCCCGAGUGUCAAUAGAUGCCCCGAAACGUGUAAAAAUGACAAGAGCCACUGGAGACACAGGAGUAACAGCAGUCCAACUCAGGCCAGAGGAGGAACAGGUGGGACGGUAUGCCAUUGAGAAGAAGCAGAGAAAGCCUGUCUUUGAGCGAUUUCAACCGAGAUGGAGUGCUCGAACGUCUAUGGAUUCUAAAGACAGUGGGGAAAACACAGGAGCCACUCAAGAGAAAGGAGCAGCGACAGCACAACUAAGGCCAGAGGGACGGGCUGGUGGUGACAAGAUGCAAUGGAAGCCCAUGUUCGAGCGGCUUCAGCUGAAGCGGAGUGCCCGAGUGUCUGUGGGCCCUGAGAGAAGCAGAAGACACAGAGGAGCUGGCCAAGAGAAAGUAGACUCCACUACACGAUUUUCAUCAGAAGAACAAACAAGAUAUCAUGGCAGCAUGAAGAAGCCACGGUUGCACAUCCUGGAGAGACUUCAACAAAAGUGGACUGUUCAUGUGUGUAUGGAGAGAAAUCGAGGGGGAGGCAGGACAAAAGCUGCUCAGAUGACACACUCUCCUGAUGAACAUUCUGCAUUGAAGACGACUGCCAAAAAGCAAGAUUCUGUACCAGUUGAAGACCCAGUAAUGAAUCCUGAAAUAUCAUUCACGGCAGAAGCCGACUUACAAGUGAUAUCAGAGGAAAAGAAACAAGCUCAGGCCUGUGAAAAUAUUCAGUCAGUUAAUGCUUCCAAACAUCUUCAAACAAAGGGUAUUGGUCAUUUGCCCAUGACUGUGGGUCAAAGAAGCAAAACUACUGUAAGUGGAGGAGAGGAAGAGUCAGACUUAAACAUGGCAUCAGGGGAUGAGCAAAGCAGGUGUAAUAGCAGCGAGAGCCAUCAGUCAUUGGUUGAAGAAAAAAUGAAGAACCAUGAAGGCAAUGGAACAGACAGAGCUGAAUUCCCCUAUGAUGCUGCUGCUGGUGCUGGUGCUUCUGCUGGUGCUGGUGCUGGUGGUGCUGCUGGUGCUGCUGCUGGUGCUUCUGCUGGUGCUGGUGCUGGUGCUGGUGCUGGUGCUGGUGCUGGUGCUGGUGCUGGUGCUGGUGCUUCUGCUGGUGCUGGUGCUGGUGCUGACGCUGGUGCUGCUGGUGAUUGUGGUGGUGGUGGUGCCUCUGCUGCUGCUGUUGGUGGUGAUGGUGGUGGUAGUGAUGGUGGUGGUGGUAGUGGUGGUGGUGGUAGUAGUGCUAGUGGUACUGUUGUUACUGCUGCUGCUGCUGCUGCUGGUGAUGUUGUUAGUGCUGCUGCUGCUGCUACUGUUAGUGCUGCUGCUGCUGCUACUGUUGGUGCUGCUGCUGCUGCUGCUGGUGGUAGUGUUAGUGCUGCUGCUGCUGCUGCUGGUGGUAGUGUUAGUGCUGCUGCUGCUACUGUUGAUGCUGCUGCUGCUGCUGCUGCUGCUGGUGGUGGUGGUACUGCUGCUUCUACAAGGGAUGAACUGGUUCUACAGAGAAAAUCUGGUGAAAUUAACAACCAGAGAGUUCUUAUUAAGGAGAAUGCAAAGCAUGAACGGUCCCGGAAGAAAACAUCUAAGGAAAAACAUAAGGUAACAAAAGAAGUCAGAGCUAUGGUUGAUGUAACUCAGUUAUCUGGAUUAGUCUCAGAGGAUGAUUCUGGAAGCUCAUUUAAGAUACCUGAUCCCCUUAAUUCAUGCAACACAUCAAUAGAUCUUAAAAAAGUUAAUGAACUACUUAGAAAGAGAAAUAAAAAGAUAGAAAAUGAGAAAAAUGCCCUAAAGACAGAAAUACCAGAAACAAGAGAGGAGAGAGCAAAGCUAGAGGAUGAAACAGUACAAGGGGAUGAAGAAUUCUGCAACCUGAGGGUCCCCCUAAGAAAAAAACUCGAGGAGACAAGGAAUAUUCAUUGCGUUUACAAAAUGAUGAAGAAAUAUUUAAGUGAAAAAGAAAAGCAGCAGAGGGAGAGAGCUGCAGUGACUCAGCUUGCAAUGCGUCUCAGGACACAAGACCUGGAACUGAGGAAUGCGAGGAACACCCUGAAGGAGUUGCAAGAGGCACAGGAUCAACACAUAGGAGCUAUAAAAAUUGCCCAGAAGACGAAAGAUGACUUACAAAGGGUUGAACGUGAAAAUUCCGAGUUAAAAGUGAAAGUUGAAGAGCAAGCUGAGAAAAUCAAAAAGCUUAGCGGACGUCUGCAAAACUCCUGUGAAAGGCUGGAGCAGAGGUCAAAGCCGACACAGGUAGGAGUUGGAGAAACUUCGGAGGCAUUAUGUAAGAACAACAUUUCCCCAGCGAAUCAGAUAGGAGUCAGCAUCAAAAGUCUGGCGUCUGAACCCUCCCCAACGAAACCUGUACAAGACCCAAACACAAGUGGCCUGAAAAGUUAUGAGCAACAGUGUAUAGAAGAAUUAAGGCUUAGCAAUGCAUUGUUAUAUGAACGAUACAAUCUCCACAGGAAUAGGAGGCUAGAGGAAUCCCGCACAAAAGUUCACAUCACAGUGGAGCAGGGCACAUCUCCUCUGAACACAUCAGAAACAAGGUUUGCUCUCAAAAGCCCUCGUGUGGCAUGCACUUGCCCUCACCGAUGUGUCUUCCCAAGUGACGCUGUGGUUCUCCCAAGAAACCCAAGGUCUUCUAACUACUGCUCACAAAGCUACCCUCGGAAGAAGGAAGAUGAGGAAAAAUCAGUCAAAGAACUUACAAAAUUAAAACAGUCUUUAGAGUAUAAGUUGUAUCACCAUAAGAAGAAAAACAAUGAAAUGGAGAAGGAGAUCAUUGGAAUUAAGAAAAUUUUGAAAAUGACAAAAACUGGGCAUGAAAUUGGAGAAUGUACUUCUCAUGGGCAUUCAAGAACUGGGAAGUUUUGAGACACUAAAAAUGUGGCUAGACUUUGUCAUAUGACUUGGUGGGCAAAUACAGCAUGUUUCCCCCAUGGAUACAGGACUUAAUGUGGCAGUCUUGACAUGUUCUAGUUACAUCUCCUGGGACCACAGCAUCUGCACUGAAUGAACAUCCAUCUAACUUCUCUAACUGCAGUCUUGGAAAUUUGGCCUCAGCUGAAGCAACAGCUCCUGGUCCAGGUGCCACCUACCAGCAAAGAUGACGAAGCAUUGCCCUUAAUCAUUUUUUUUAAUUAAAAAUAAAUUAUUACCUUUUCCUCUU